CUAGAGAACACCGGCUCGGUAGCUCGAGACCAUCUAGCUCUCGAGCGCACCUAUCUAGCCUGGCUCCGAACCAGCCUCACACUAACCUCAGUAGGGAUCGCCCUGUCCCAAUUCUUUCGACUGCCAAAAGGAUGGGAAGAUGAUGAGGAUUUUGGUUCCGCCGGGCGUAACGGGGGUAGCUCCCACUUGCGGGGUCCUUCGUACUGGCUGGGAGGGGAGACGGUGAGGGAUCUGGCUACACCGAUGGGAUCGAGCUUUAUUAUCAUUGGAAUCCUCACGCUCCUCUUUGGCACUUGGAGAUACUUUGCAGUGCAGAGUCAACUGAUGAGGACGAGCUAUGUGCCCAGUAGACUGGAGGCAAUCACAAUCACCUUCCUCGUAGGCACACUCCUCUGUGCAGUACUCGCAGUCAUCCUUUCA